CCCACGCCAGCGUCCACGGCAGCAUCUGCCACUUGCGAAAGAACAACGUGGAGUGGAGCUGUGGACUGAGCCGAGCUAGCUAGCCGCCAAUGGGGCUCCACCUGCUGGCGGCGUUCGCGGCGGCGAGGGGCUUCGCGCAGGUGCUCCAUGUCUCAGCGCGGCUGCUGUGGCCGAUCAACACCUGGCUGCCGCUCGCCCGCCACAUGCCGGAGGCCUGCGCCGUCGUCUGCGGCGCGCUCGCUGCCCACCUCGCCUGGCUGCGCCGAGCCUACGCGCGCGGUGGCACCGUCUGGGGCCUCCGAAGCCGCGACGACGACGACGUCCUCCGCCAGGCGCAGCUCGACGUCUUCUACUGACCGAGUUGCUGGCAGAGCGCCGCUCGCUGCUUCCCUUGCUGUGGCGUAGGAAAUUCAUUAGACGCUGUUUCAGCUUAGAUAUGUGUGGUUUCUUGUUCACUUGUAUUUACCGAUAUGUUUGGUUUAUAAAUAAUCUGCAGUUGUAACACUGAUUUGUAAAAAGAGAUGAAUUCUGCUAGAACUGACGGAUUCUCUGUUU